AUGCGGAUGGACCUCGCAGCGGUGCGGGGUCGCACACACCUGCUCCCGCUCCUCGUGCACGUGGUCGUGGUCGUCGUCAUCCCCGUGGCUGUGGCCGUGGCCGUGACCAUGAGCGUGGCCGUGGCUGUGACCGUGAUCAUGACCGUGGCUGUGGGGGUGACCGUGAUGCUCGUCACCAUGAUGCUCAUGGUGAUGCUUGUCAUCCUGUCCGCGCCCGCGCCGCCCCUCAGCAGCCCCCGCGCGGCCGCCGCACGCGCGCGCUGCGCCUCAAGGUCCCCCGCCGUCGCCGCCUCCAGCCACGGCUGGUAG